AUGGGGAAGGGUGAAGAUGCCGAUCUCCGUAAGGAGGUCGAGAUGAACGAGCAUCAAAUCACAAUUGAAGAGCUCGCCCGUCAAUACGACCUCAACCUUAGCUCCGGUCUCAGCGAUGCCGAAGCUAAAAAGCGACUCGAGCGCGACGGCUACAACGAGUUGACUCCACCAAAGACCACUCCCGAGUGGGUCAAGUUCUGCCGCAAUCUCUUCGGUGGUUUCUCCACCCUUUUGUGGAUUGGAUCAAUCCUCUGCUUCCUCGCUUACUCCAUCGAGUGCAUCAACUCUGAGGACCCAGUCGAAGACAACCUCUACCUCGGUAUCGUCCUCGCCACCGUCGUCAUCGUCACUGGUGUCUUCCAGUACUACCAAGAAUCCAAGUCCGACGCCAUCAUGGAAUCCUUCAAGAAUAUGGUCCCCCAGCAAGCGCUCGUCUUCCGAAACGGCGAAAAGAAGAACAUCACCGCUCGAGAACUCGUCCUCGGUGACAUCGUCGAAGUCAAGGGUGGCGAUCGAAUCCCUGCUGAUCUCCGAGUCAUUUCCUCUUCCUCCAUGAAGGUCGACAACUCCUCCCUCACCGGUGAGUCCGAGCCACAGACCCGAGACGCCGAGCAGUCCACCGUCGAAGUCCUCGAAGCCCGCAACAUCGCCUUCUUCUCGACCAACUGCGUCGAAGGAUCCGCUCGUGGUGUCGUCGUCCGAUGCGGUGAUAACACUGUCAUGGGCCGAAUUGCCGCUCUUGCCUCCAACGUCGACUCUGGUGACUCUCCUAUUGCUCAGGAAAUCGAGCAUUUCAUCCACAUCAUUACUGGUGUCGCUGUUUUCCUCGGUGUUACCUUCUUCAUCCUCGCCUUCGUCCUCGGCUACUACUGGCUCGAAGCUGUCAUCUUCCUCAUUGGUAUCAUCGUCGCCAAUGUCCCAGAAGGUCUCCUCGCCACCGUCACUGUCUGCCUCACUCUUACCGCCAAGCGAAUGGCCAAGAAGAACUGCCUCGUCAAGAACCUCGAAGCUGUCGAAACCCUCGGUUCCACCUCCACCAUUUGCUCCGACAAGACCGGUACUCUUACCCAGAACCGAAUGACCGUCGCCCACAUGUGGUUCGACGACAAGAUCCAGGAAGCUGACACCACUGAGAAUCAGACCGGUGCCAACAUCACCUACAAGGACGAUGCUACCUGGCGAAACCUUGGACGAGUUGCCGCCCUCUGCAACCGAGCUGUCUUCCUUGCUGGCGAAACUGGACCCAUCCUCAAGCGAGAAACCGCUGGUGAUGCCUCCGAAUCUGCUCUCCUCAAGUGUUGCGAAAUGAUGAUGGGCUCCGUCGAAGGAAUCCGAGCCAAGAACCCCAAGGUUUGCGAAAUCCCCUUCAACUCCACCAACAAAUGGCAGCUUUCCAUCCACGAGACCGAAGACACCUCCGACCAGCGAUACCUCCUUGUCAUGAAGGGUGCCCCAGAGCGUAUUCUCGCUCGAUGCUCCCGAAUCAUGAUCAACGGCGAAGAAAUCGAAAUGACCAAGGAGUGGGAGGCCAAGUUCACCACUGCUUACGAAACUCUCGGUGGUAUGGGAGAGCGAGUCCUCGGUUUUGCCCAUCUUUACCUCGACGCUGCCGCUUACCCCAAGGGAUUCAACUUCGACACUGACGAAAUGAAUUUCCCCAAUGGUAACCUCGAAGCCGACCCCGAAUCUGGCCUCACCUUUGUUGGUCUUAUGUCCAUGAUUGAUCCUCCCCGAGCUGCUGUCCCCGACGCCGUCGCCAAGUGCCGAUCUGCUGGUAUCAAGGUCAUCAUGGUCACUGGUGAUCACCCUAUCACCGCCAAGGCCAUCGCCCGAUCCGUCGGUAUCAUCUCCGAAGGCAACAAGACCGUCGAUGACAUCGCUGAAGAACGAGGCAUCCCCGUCUCCCAGGUUAACCCACGAGAAGCCAAGGCCGCCGUUGUGCACGGUUCCGACCUCCGAGACCUUGACGAUGCUGCUAUCGAUGAUAUUCUCCGACACCACUCUGAAAUCGUCUUCGCCCGAACCUCGCCCCAGCAGAAACUCAUCAUCGUCGAUGGUUGCCAGCGAGCCGGUCAGGUCGUCGCCGUCACUGGUGAUGGUGUCAACGAUUCCCCUGCCCUGAAGAAGGCUGAUAUUGGUGUUGCCAUGGGUAUCGCUGGUUCUGAUGUCUCCAAGCAGGCCGCUGACAUGAUCUUGCUCGAUGAUAACUUUGCCUCGAUCGUCACUGGUGUUGAGGAAGGUCGAUUGAUCUUCGACAACUUGAAGAAGUCCAUCGCUUACACCUUGACCUCCAACAUCCCCGAAAUCACCCCUUUCCUCGUCUUCAUGUGCUUCUCAGUUCCCCUCCCUCUCGGUACCGUCACCAUCCUCUGCAUCGAUUUGGGAACUGAUCUUCUCCCCGCCAUCUCUCUCGCCUAUGAAGAAGCCGAAUCCGACAUCAUGAAGCGAAACCCACGAGACAAGUUCGCCGACAAACUCGUCAACGAGCGAUUGAUCUCCAUGGCUUACGGUCAGAUCGGUAUGAUCCAGGCCCUCGCCGGCUUCGUCUGCUACACCGUCAUCAUGAUGCAGAACGGUUUCUUGCCCGAGGAUCUCAUGGGACUCCGAGUCAACUGGGACGACAAGGCUGGUAUGGCUCUUGAGGAUUCCUAUGGACAGCAGUGGGCUUACUCCCAGCGAAAGAUCGUCGAAUUCACUUGCCACACUAUGUUCUUCACCGCUAUCGUCAUUGUCCAGUGGGCCGAUGUCCUCAUCUGCAAGACCCGACGAUUGUCGAUCUUCCAGCAGGGCAUGAAGAACAAGAUCCUCAUCGCCGGUCUCAUGGAAGAAACCCUCCUCGCCGCUUUCUUGGCUUACUGCCCAGGAACCGACGCUAUGUUGAGAAUGUACCCACUCGAGUGGACUUGGUGGUUCAUCCCAAUGCCAUUCUCCCUCAUCAUCUUCACUUAUGAUGAAAUCCGAAAGAUGCUCAUCCGACGAAACCCCGGCGGUUGGGUCGAAAACGAAACCUACUACUAA